UGUAUUUAUAAGAUGGAGUUGGGAAGGUUGUAUGUAGAUGUACAUACCUAGGUACCUCAUUACCUAAUAUACCAUUGACGUCACCCCCGUAUUGCGAAUUACACUACGAAUUACAGUGGCCGAUCAAUCACCUGAUUAUUCGAUUCGGAUGUUAUUCUUAUCGGGGACCGGCCGACAAUUAGACCACCACUUUCUUUUUACUCAAAACAUCCCAUUACACCUUCAUCAACUUACAAUAAUCAUCUGUCCACAUCCGCCUCCCAACUUACAGAAAAUGGCCGACAACAAGUCACAAGACAAGACCGUAGUCACUUCCGGAGACGAGACCAAGAAGAUGGACCCAGUCUCGGAGAAUACAGCCCAAACGGACUCCGGCGACAACAAGACGGAGAAUGCCGCCACGUCCGAUUCGAGCUCCACUUCGCAGUCGAGACCGACCAGACAUUUGCCCACCCACUACAAGGGAAUGCCGAAGCAGUGGGAGAAGAAUCAAGUUCCUAAGAAGGAUACCCAAGACUCUUAACAUCUGUUCGUGAUUGAGAGGAUAACCACGGUGUUUUAGUGUAACCAUAACAGGUACUCAUAGUUUAUAUCAAAAUUAGUCUUCCAUAUAUCGAAAUCGUCUCAAUUGUGGCCCUUGGUAAACCAGGACUUCCUUCCUCCAAUUAAUCCGACAUGUAUUUAAUAUCUAACCUGCGUC